GAGAUGAAAGCCCAGGCUCUUUUUGUUGUAUGGGCAUUUACAGUCCUGUGCUUGGUUUCAUACUCUGCUGCAUUCUCCCACGGCGCCAGUCUUUCAGCCUGUACUGACAUGAGACCCAAACACAUCAGAGCUCACCUUCAGAAUCCACACAAUAACUAUAUUACCCUCCACACCAAUAUGUCUCUCUUCUCUCCAGGUGACAAAGUACCAGUCACAGUGAGAAGCACACGUGAUUUCAUGGGCUUUAUGCUGCAAGCUCGCAGGGUAUCGAAUGAUCAAAUUGCCGGCACUUUCGUUUACAUUUCUCCUGGCUCCAAACUCCUGGCUUGUUUUGAAGAUGGUGAUACUGUUACCCACUCAGAUAAGUCACUGAAGCGAAACCUCUCCUUUGUGUGGAAGGCACCAGAUCAGCCCAUUGGAGACAUCCGAUUCUUUUUAUCAGUAGUCCAGUCCUACUUUGUUUACUGGGCAAGGAUUGAAUCUUCCACAGUGUAUCAUCAAACUCAAAACAGAACCACUGCUGACCAUAGCGUGGCCUUCAAUGCUAUAAAGCCAACACUUUUUCAACAGCCUACUGAUCUAGAAGGAGGGUCUACAACAGGUUCUUCUCCCUAUACCGUCUUAACUCAGUUUGCAAACGUUUCAUCUAACAGCCUGGCUCAAAUUGCAGCAACACUGAUUCUGGAACCAGUUUAUAGCAGACAGCAAAUGCCUGAGCUCCCUGGCAAUGAAAAUCUUCUCUCUGAAUCCCUAGCAGACUCUGUCACUUCACGUGCCGUCAGUCAAAAUGGAGAAAGGCAUCCCAAUGGAAGUGGCGUAGAUGGUGAUCUAACACUGGAGUCCUCCCUUCGGUUUCAGGACCUUGGCUUCAUGGCACGAGAUUAUUCCUCCAUUCACAGCAUAUACAACGGGACUGAAAAUGCCUCUAGUAUUCCCAAGCCAUCACUGUGUGCGACAUGUACAGGAGGCAUAGAGGUGGUUUCUAGAUCUUCUAACCAGGGCAUAUGGAAUUCUGCACUUCCCAUUACAGCUUCACCUUUGAUCCACCUUUGGGACCCUCCGUUGCUUUCAGGAGUAGGUACAACAUCAGAACAUUUAGGUAGGGGAAAAGACUCUGAUGCCUCCCAAAGUUUAUCAGCAGCCUCGCGGCAAAUGGUGAAAGAAAACCCAGCAACACAGAAAGGCCCAGCAAACUUCCUGCCCCAGGCAGAACUUACUGCUCACAGCCAGGAGAAAGAAGACAAAGAGGGGAACACCCUCCUGAAGGUAACUAGAGCAAUAACUAAGGCCGGUGCUCCCAGAGAUGGAGGGGCAAAGCCAGGCCGACGGCCACAGCUGGUAGCUGCUCAGCUUGGCGUCCUCCUUGGAUGUUCUGUUGUCCUUGGCAUGGUACUGGCUAUCGGUCUGCGCUGCAUCCACUCCCAGUAUUGUCACAAGCGAACAGAGGUGUCCUUUAGUGAGCCAGAGAACAACGUGAUCGCCCUGAGAGAGAGCGGAGAGAUGAUGCAUUUCAGAAAGAUACGGGAAAACAGCUUUGUCCUGGUCCAGGCGGAGUACAACUGGAUCAAUCCAUCCGGCAGUGGUAAAAAAGCUGCCAUCUAGGG